AUGUCUCCUUAUAUGAACCCAAAUUCAGAAGUGGCGCAAACAAGAGGUGAAGGGGGUAUGAAGAUGCACGGCGUGACGAGUUUCUUUGGUGUUUUGGGGAGGCCCCCAGCAGCCAACAAGGCUAAAGUGCCUAGAAGCAGCAGUCCUGUCACUGUGUAUGUGGAGCUCCCGUGUAACAUUGAACAAGCCUUUCCUACAAUUGCAUGGGACGAUUUAGAAGACUGCACAAGCAUAACCAGAAGAGAGAGCGACUCACUGGGCUCACAGGUGAAUGAAUCUGAUGGAGAUGAGCAAGACUUUGGGGAUUUUGCGCUGGAUUUUAUAGCCGAUUCCCCAGCCACUCUGGAGAGCAGCCUGUGCCCUGCAGAACUGAUCCCCUUUCAGGGCUGCAUCAUACCUCCCCUCACCCCUCAGCCUGUCGUCUCUCCUGCAGAGGACAACCUGCUUCCUAAUGCUUCCACGGAGAUUAACAACCAGGAUGGAGCACUUUGGAAGGGCAGGAUCGGAGGUUCUGUGGAAGUCAAUAACAAGGUUGAUGAGACUCUGCAGAGAAGACAAGAGAGUGAGGAGAAGAACCUUCACUUGAGGCAGCUGGCAUGCAGAGCAAAGCUGCUGGCUUCUGUGCUUGAGAAACUAAUGACCGUCAGAGAGACAGCGAUGCCAUGCAGUGGUAAAGCAAUGAGUCCCUGCAAGAGGCAGCGACUGGACCACGAGGAAUGCGAGACCUCAGAUUCCGUGGAGGAGAUGCUGAGAGACGUCAGCACACGCUGCAACGCUGUGCUGCACGCCUCUGCAGGCAUGAACAUCCCACAGCAAGACUCAAACACCAUCCCAGUGUAUGGCUCCUUCUCAGGCCUUCAGACCUCCAUAUGCAAGGAAAGCAGUGCAAGCAUGGACGAGUCGGAAGAGAGCGUCUCGUCUUUCCGCACUUCAGUAAGAGAACACAGCACGAUAAGGACACAGGUGUUCCCACACGGCCGGGCUUUCACCUCCAGCACCCAGCAAGGAGGAUACCGCUUUCGCUGGGUCCCCAACCACAGCUGA